GAACUCUGUUCUUCUCUCAUCGGAUAGACAUCAGUGGAGCGUUGUUUUCUUGUGUGAUGGCUGCGGAGUCGGGGCGUCAAGCUUGAGGAAUGGAUCGAACAUGUUGGGGAUAUUAAUUCGACAAUCUCCCGUUGACUUUCCUGCUCGAAGGAUUCAUGGUGGACCCACGGAGCUCGCGACUCUCCGAGUUUUGGUCGCGGAUGCCACAGUUGACCAAGAACAAAGAUGACUUCUCUUCCGCUCAUGUUGGAUCAGCUGCGUUCCGGUUGCAUUAAGGGCAUCUCCUUCAGUCGAGCGAGAGUCACUGAACGUCAGCAGAGCAUCGAGAUCUCAAAAACAUCUGAUCUGGAAGCUUGCCACAAAUUCCCAAUCAACGCUCUCUGCCUGGACCCCGUGGAAGGCAGGUUCCUACUAUCGGGUGGAAUCGCAGGACAGAUCUUCGUGCAUGACACGUUCGAACAGAGUGAGGGCACUCUGCCAGUGGUCGCUAAAAUUCCCCACGGCACUCGAUACGCUCACAAGUACAGCGUAGAGACAGUACAAUGGUUUCCGGCGGACACCGGUACCUUCACUUCAUCGUCGAUGGACAAGACGUUGAAGUUGUGGGACGCCAAUCGUCUAAAGCCGGUCUUCCUCGCGAGGUUCAACGGCCAAGUCUACAAGCACCAUCAAUCCCGCGUCAAUUGUAAUUUAGUUCUCUUAGCCACCGAUGAAUCUCACGCUCAGAUCCUCGAUCUCAAUACGAGUUCGAAAACCCACAUGCUAUCGGGAGCUCACACCGGGAAGGUCAGACAGUGUAUAUGGUCGCCAGUUGUCGAACACCUGUGCGUAACGGGAGGCACGGAUGGUCGAGUUUGCAUUUGGGACGUGAGGUAUACGCGCGGACAUCUUGCAGCUCUCGACACCGACCACACGAAUCAGAAGAAGGCGAACCACCAUCGAGCGCACCACGACAGGAUAGUGUCGAUGGAGUUCAGCAGCGAUGGACUCGAGCUCCUGACCUACGGUCUGGACCAUACCGUUCGAAUUUGGGAUGUUGCUCUAGCUAAAAAUCGUAGAAUUAAUUUCGGUAGGAUAUCGUGCGCCAGCGUCAAAGGGGUCCAGAUUGCUCUCGCCGACGACGGGACAACGCCGGUCCUAUUCGUGCCGUCAGGACAAAGUAUCAGGAUGUGUGAUACGACGACUGGCGUUCGUUUGAAGAACCUCAGGGCUCACCUAGAUUCGGUAUCUGCGGUCGUUUACUGCAAUCACACGAAACGGCUCUUCUCCGCCGGGGCUGAUCGGAGUAUCUUGCUGUGGUGUAGUGAAGCCGAGCUCGAGGAAGAUUCCAAAGCCAAAUCCGAGGCGAUUGCCGAUCGAUGGAGUGAUUCUGAUGACUGAAACAAGCGUCGGAACAUCGCGGGAAGCCAUCCUGCGAUGUUCAACCCAGGAAUCGGUUACCGGUGGGCUCCUGGUGAUCCUCCUGGUGAUGUCCCGGAGAGUGAUAUAUAUUUUUAAAUAAAGACAG